CCCAGGGCUCCGCCCCGCCCCUUCCGGCGCGUCGGGUUCUGGCUCCGGGUCGGCGCCGCCCGCCCCGCGCGGAGGUUCCGCCGUUGCCGCCGCCGCCGCAGCAUGUCCACGCUGUUCCCGUCGCUGCUGCCGCGCGUCACCGAGGCGCUGUGGUUCAACCUGGACCGGCCCUGCGUGGACGAGACCGAGCUGCAGCAGCAGGAGCAGCAGCACCAGGCCUGGCUCCAGAGCAUCGCCGAGAAGGACAACAACCUGGUGCCGAUAGGGAAGCCGGCGUCCGAGCAUUACGACGAGGAGGAGGAGGAGGACGACGAGGAUGACGAAGACAGCGAGGAGGACUCCGAGGACGACGAGGACAUGCAGGAUAUGGACGAGAUGAACGAUUAUAACGAGUCCCCCGACGACGGGGAGAUCAACGAGGUGGACAUGGAAGGGGCAGAGCAGGAUCAAGACCAGUGGAUGAUCUGAUCCUGCCGCAUCCUGACCCAGCCAGAGCCCGAGAAGUCGGAGGAGGCCGGCAGGGACGUCUUGUCCGGCCAGCCGAUCCUGGGGGCAGGCUCCGGUGUCCGGGAGGACCCCGGGGUUUGGUUUACUGGAGCUGCCCCUCCCGCUGCUGCGCCUCGUCGCCUUUCCGAGGGCUGCGGGGGAUAAACGGACUCGGCACGAAGCUGGAGCGAUGCCGCAGCUCCCGCUCCCGGCGCUGAGACAGCGCUGCUAAUGCACGGCUCCGCGCGGGGCAGCUGCGGGGUCCCGCGAGCGCCGCUUUUCUAAUAAAUAUGUUUUUUUUUCCAGAAAA